UCCGUCUUCAACUGUCCCUCUCCUUCGGCUCGCGCCAUCGCAGGUCCCAAUCCGAGCCGUCACCAUUUCUCUAGCAACAACCUCGUUCUGGGCUGCCGGCGCGCAAUCGAGCGUGCUCGCCUUUCCCAACACCACCGCAAACAUGGCCCGUGUCUACGCCGACGUCAACCAGAAUAUGCCCCGCGCAUACUGGGACUACGACUCUGUUAACAUCAGCUGGGGUGUUCUCGAGAACUACGAAGUCGUUAGGAAGAUUGGUAGAGGAAAAUAUUCCGAGGUGUUCGAGGGCAUCAACGUGGUUAACUACCAAAAAUGCGUCAUCAAGGUGUUGAAGCCCGUCAAGAAGAAGAAGAUCAAGAGAGAGAUCAAGAUUCUCCAGAACCUGGCGGGCGGUCCCAACAUCGUCGCUCUGCUCGACGUUGUGAGGGAUAGCCAGAGUAAGACCCCGUCGCUCAUCUUCGAAUACGUCAACAACACCGAGUUCCGCACCCUGUACCCCAGGUUCAACGACUUCGACGUCCGCUACUACAUCUUCGAGCUCCUCAAGGCCCUCGACUUCUGUCACAGCAAGGGCAUUAUGCACCGCGAUGUGAAGCCUCAUAACGUUAUGAUCGAUCAUGAGAACAGAAAGCUUCGCCUUAUCGACUGGGGUCUCGCUGAGUUCUACCACCCCGGCACGGAGUAUAACGUUAGGGUCGCCUCUCGCUACUUCAAGGGUCCGGAGCUGCUCGUCGAUUUCCAGGAGUACGACUACAGCUUGGACAUGUGGAGCCUAGGCGCCAUGUUCGCGUCCAUGAUCUUCCGCAAGGAGCCCUUCUUCCACGGUCAGAGCAACUCGGAUCAACUAGUCAAGAUUGCUAAGGUCCUCGGCACGGACGAGUUGUUCGACUACCUUGACAAGUACGAGAUUGAGUUGGACGCCCAGUACGAUGAUAUCCUCGGCCGCUUCCAGAGGAAACCCUGGCACAGCUUCAUCAACGCCGAGAACCAGCGCUUCGUUUCCAACGAGGCUAUUGAUUUCUUGGACAAGCUGCUGCGCUACGAUCACAACGAACGUCUGACCGCAAAGGAGGCUAUGGCCCACCCUUACUUCGCCCCUGUCCGCGACGAGGCCACACGCACGCGCUAUCUGGCCGGUGAGACCAUCAACUAGACGGGGAGAUUGGAGAAGGCAGUCAUCUGUUGAAGUUCCAGCCGAAUCUAUCGACUUUCAUAUACCAAUGCGCGUGUUACCGUUACCGUCGAAGCCUACUCGAUUAUCCAGCGUUGUUUUGCUUGCGAACGGAGG